AGCCAAUAAAUCAUAGGUGAUAAUAACAAUGCGUCCCAGUGUGUGUCGUGAUCAGCUGAUGGCGGCCGCGGCUCGGGCAUAACAGCUGCCUGGGAUUGCCGCCAUUAGCUUUCACUGCCACUCUGCCCUAACGGUGGCUCCUUCACCGCAUCUUGCACCACACAGGCACAGGCUGGCACUGGCGCCGUCACCGUCAGUGUGCUGCGGUGAUCGGCUGAUGGGCUCCGUAAGGCUCAUCAGGAGGCUGGCUGUUAUCCAAUGGUGAAGGCUGUGUGUGUGUCUGUGUGUGUGUGUGUGUGUCUGUCCUUCAUAUCAGGCAUGCUGUGACGGGUUUUGAGCAAGAGUUGGUGUGGAAGGUAAAAUGGCAGAAGCAAGUAAUACUGUUAUCAGGAUUCCACUUGCCCGGAUGGCAGUGGUGACAGUGCUAAUGCCGUUAGGAGCAUUCCUGACCUGCAUUUAUCUGUCUCUGCGUUACAACUUUGAUUUAUCAACAGCUACUCACUGUGGAGUACCAAACUACCUGCCGUCCAUCUCGUCGGCCAUUGGGGAGUUUGUGCCGCAGCGGUACAUCUGGAGGUUUGCCAUUGCUGUGCACUCCGCCCCGCGCUUCCUGCUGGCCUUCAUGUACUACAGCUUCAUGAACAGAAUACUGCCAAAUAUUACAUUCUACAAAAAUGCUGUCAAGAUCACCACUUGUCUCAAUGUGGUUGAAAAUAUUGCCCUCAUCUUCCUUUCUUUUGUUUCCUCAAAAGAAAAUUAUGACAUCCACAAGGUCUCUUUCAUCCUGUUCAUGGUGUGCAGUGAGCUGUACAUGGUCCUGACCUGUCUCCUGUUGAAAGAUAACAAGAGUAAACUAACAAACAGUCUUGAACGCUUGGCAUACUUAAAGAAGAAACAACUCAUGACUGCUAACUUAACCAGCUUCUUUGUGGCACUGUACUUCUUCUACCGACACAACAAGUACUGUGAACCAGGCAUGUACUCUGUGUUUGCUUUCAUGGAAUACUUGGUUGUGCUGACCAACAUGGGUUUCCACAUGACUGCCUACUACGACUUCCACCACCACGAUUUGGUGGUCGCUGAGUGGAAGACAGCAAGCAGUUGACAAUCAGUGUGAGGAGCGAGAUAACAUAACAGUUGAUAUCCACAUCUGAUUGGUACUCUGUGGGACACACUGCCAGGCUGCUAUGGUCAGGAACGCUGCUUACUUAUUCAUACUAAACUCUCAGAUAUUAGCGUCCCCUCCACUAACACCUUUGUCACUUGGUGUUGCCAGUGUGUGAAUUGCAAGGUGAGAACUGCCUGCCAUCUUCUGAUCUCAAACAAAUCCUGCCAUUCUGCCCUGCUCUCCUGCUGACUCGUACUGACUGGGAAGUGUCGUGUCUUGGAUAGGUGUUGACUAGGGCAGAGUGGCUCACCACAGGCCACUCACACACUGGCACCAAUAAGUGGUCUAUGUGGAGAUGGAGGGGACUGUGCGUAUAUUUUUUAAUGGACUGUGGUACACGAAACAUCUGGAGCUUUGAAUUGACUAGGAAUAUUUGACUAAGGAUUGUUAAUUGGAUUUGCAAACUCAUUUAUCAUUUCUUUUUUCAUCUUUAACAAGUAGAAAAAGAUUAAUGAAGAAGAGUUCAAUGAUAUGCUGAAGUAAAUGACCACACUAAUGUAAUGGCCAAUGCUAAUCACUUAUUGCUCUCUUAAAAAAGUAAAAAAUGAAUAAAUUAAUGGAAUGCAGAUGUAGUUUUUAGUAGUUUCUGGUAGAACAUAGACAACACAUUACAAAGUAUGUACAACGGCAAUGUAGACAAUUCCCUUCACUCGGCGGGAAGCUGCUACAUCCUCACUGACCACACAGACGACCUCCUUAGGGUCACAUGGCAUUUAAUUAGAAGAGUAAGUCAUAGAAUUCCAAGUACAGUAUAUGUCAUAGUGGAAAGUAAUGUUUGAGCUCAGCAUCCAGUAGGUGUUCACCCGCGCGUGUCAGAACCCUUCCUUGCGUUCCCAAAGCUUCUGUUAGCUGUUAGCACCACACCCACCACCAUCACCUGACCACCACCAUCACCACCACCCAACUAGCCCUUCAUUAGUGUCCUGUGGAGACUGUCAGAUAAACAUACAGGAAGAAGUCUUUUCUGCAGUUAAAUUUAACUCUCAGAUAACAAUUAGAAAAUAUUAGAAAACUUUUUAUUUUUUAUGUAUUUCUUUUUGAAUGGGAAAAGUCUUUUCCUGUAUGUGUGUGGUUUGUGCACCUUAUUGCUCAAUUACCAGCAUUUUGGUUUGCUUUUAUGAGCAGCGUACGUUGUUUGCCUCCUGAUUCAGUUCAGAACCUUGCUUGUGCAGUGACUGUUGCAUUGAGUUGUAAUAUUAAUUCAACACAAAACUGCUCUACAUGUUGAAUUUGUUUGUGUUUAUUUGUGUUUUGAAGUAGAGCAAAGUACAACAUACAUGCAUUCCUUACUUGACUGACCUCAUCAUUGUGAACACCAGUGUAAUACCUGGCCCUGGCUGGCACUCCGGUGUUCACCAUUCUGUUGUGUGUUGUGUUGACAUGGCCUCACUGAUGCUGCUGCCCCUGCCACCCUUGUCAGUUGUCACCCCCACCGGGCAGUGUGUUAUGCUGUGCCUUGCCAACCACCCCUCUGUUCCUUAUCCUGUACACUGUGACAAAGGGGCUGUUAAGUCAAUAACUUGUCCAGUGAAGUGUUUUUUGCUGUAAUAUAGCGUAUGGCUGUUCCCUGAAGCCUCAAGCCUCAAGCAUCAAGCCAGCAAUGGGACAUGGCAGUGGCAGGACAGUGGCAAGCUUUGCCUCAGGCCUUGCCUGAUACAGUUUUGCCUUGCCCUCUCUCCAUCAUUGUGGUGCCUUUAUAACUGAUGAAGCAAAAUAACAUUCACAAAUUGCCUUUUACCUUGUUUCCAGGAAGUAAUUUUCAAAUUGUUAUUGUUCUAAUGAUAUACAGUAAUUGUUUAUGAGAAAUUUAUCACCUUAAUAUUUCUAGAGUGGACUGAGCCACAUAAGGUACAUACACUGGGCAGGAAGGCAGCUUUCAAAUACAAAGGUCAAUGAGCAGAAUGAAUUAGUCUUACCACUUAAAAUGAUUCAAGUGUUGGUUCUCCAUCAGAGAAACAGCUGCUAUGCUGAAAAAGCUUAUUGUUGCUUUGAUUUGUCUUGCAUAUAUUGAUGUUAAUGCUAGAAAAUGAACGCAUCAAGAACAUUUGGUAUUGAGGCAGAGGUGCACCCUGUUAUGUUAUGUUGUUCCUCACGAGACCGUUCCUUAGAUACUUAAGGCAGAAAGCUUUACCUUAGGUUGUAAUUUAUUGCCAUUGUAGAUAUGAAGUGAUAUUAAGUUAUACCUGUGACUUAUGUUGGAUGACUGUUGAUAUUAGGUAAUGUUAUUAUUAGAAAGUGUAAGUUACAAAUAUACUGUUGUUGACUGAGAAUGAAA